GGGUGUCAGUCACUUGAGGAUUUUCCGCGUCAUCAUCUCAUCGCGACGAUGCCCCCGACUGCCCGCUGCUGCGCCAAGUUUUCGAUCGGGUACUUGAUGAACACGGAUGUGCGCCCGCUGACGAUCUUGGACUUGUGCCACGACGACGACGCGGCGGGGACGCUCCACUCGCCGACCGCGUUCGCCGCCUCCAAGAUGCCGUCCAUGUCGCCGUCGGGGAGUGUACGGCACUGCGAAGUCGUCGGGUGCGAAAACGUGAUUGCGAGCCGAAAACGAUGCAUUAGCCAUGGGGGAGGAGCGCGGUGCAAGGUGCCGACGUGCCCCAAUGGCGCCAAACGGAAUGGCGUGUGUUGGACCCACGGCGGAUCCAGAUUGUGCACGAUGGAUGGGUGCAUGAACCAAGCCAAGGCGCGCGGCCUUUGCUGGAGCCACGGCGGAGGCAAGCCGUGCCAGACCCCACAGUGCUCGAAAACCGCGCUGCGGUAUGGCCACUGCUGGGCCCACGGAGGAGGCAAACGAUGCCUCGAACCGGGGUGCAACCGGCCAGGAUUUGAACGCCACGGAAACUUUUGCCAGCAGCACUUCGAGGCCAAGCGACCAUCGUACUGGGUCCAAGUUUAACCUCCAUGUAGUAUAUUUAAGCCUCUGUAACACCGUUGUGCCGUCGCUGCAUGACGUGACCGAC